AUGGCCAAAGACAUCUUGAUUGAACUUGUCAAGAAAUUAGAGGCCGUGAAAUGUCACUAUCAAAUUGACCCCAGACUUGGGGCCCGAUUGAAGGCUUUGGCUAUCGAGUUGCCAGUAUUAGAGCCAGUCAAUAGAGGAGACGACGGACUAUCUAUGGCCCAAAAUCCAUCAAGCAACGAUCUGCGCUCCUCCGCCAUGAGCAACGGGCAGCCCCAAGAUUCUGUUGUCCAUCAACUGCAGCUGCACUCAACCCAUUCUUCAUUCAACCAGGCUCAGCCCUCGGUACAGAACGUGAGCCAGUUCCCAUUUAACAGCGAACACUUGCUGUCGGAGACCAACUGGUCAAAGUCAAUGGACCCUGGCCAGAUGGAACCGGCUGUACUGAGCGCAGGUUGGGCACAUAAAUAUCGGGCACCCUCGGUGCAACAAGCGGUGGGUAGUGUGCCUAUUCCACAGGGAACGCAAGCGGGUGCGCCGAUCCCACAUGCCGACGUCGAGAAACUUCCAACGGACGAGUUUGAUGUUGGUGAUGAGCCAUGGAGUAUGGACGAAAUUCUAAGGUGGUAG